AAUGAUUUGGGUAUAUAUAAAAGUUGUCUUCUCUAAUCGCAACAGUUAACGUUUCAAGUUUGGUGAAACCAAUUAAUUACAAUGGCGGCAAGUUAUCAAUUGAUAAUUGCGUUAUCAAUCGGUGUGAUUUGCGUCCAUGGUUAUUAUCCUGGUGACAAACCAAUAUAUCCGAUACCGACAGAAUGUCCGCUAAUAGAUCCGGUAGAUUCUACUGUACUCCUAGCUCACGAGAGUUUUUGUUCAAAAUUCUACAUGUGCUCUAAUGGGGUUAGAUUCGAGAUGAAUUGUCCAAAAUCUUGGUCGGGUUGCCCGCUUCAUUUCAAUAAAGUAUUACAAGUCUGUGAUUAUCCACAACGUGCUGGAUGCACAUUGGACGAGAAGAAUGUAGAAAUAAAUAACAAAUGCAGAAGAUACAGAAAAAAUAUUUACCAGAAGAUUGUAAAAGAGUGACGAGAAAGAUUUAUGCUAAGAACGUUCCAAUGGAAUAAUAUAUUCUCAUGAAAGUUCUUGCUAUAAAUAUUACGAAUGUAAAAAUGGAGUGCUCGUGCUAGAAGAUUAUUAAUAAUAAAUUUAAAAAGAAUUACCAUUGUGUAAAAAACACGAA